AUAAGACCCCGUUUUCUUACACGUGACCUGAUAAACAUUUGUAGGUUAUCAUAAUGAUGAAGACUGCAAUGGAAAAGCUGGUAGUGGUUGGGGCAGGGAUUACGGGAGCUUCGUCUGCUGCUUUGCUGAAGAAAAUCUUACCCGAUGGAGCCGUUGUUAAGAUUCUGGACAAGUCAAGGGGAACGGGAGGGCGAAUGUCAACAAGCCGUUGCUCAAACGGAAAGAGUGCAACUGUUGAUCUAGGUGCCCAGUACAUUUCAAUUAAUCUCCACUAUGCCAAAGUCCAUCAAAGUAUACAUGAAGAGCUGAUAUCCCAAGGUUUACUAAAGGCAUCAACAUGUGUGAUGGAGGGAGAUAAGUUUGGAGGAGAAGACAUCCUACAUUAUGUAGCUCCAGCUGGGAUCAGUUCUCUAGUCAAACACUUUGUCAAGCAGGCAGGUGCUGAAGUAGCAUAUGAAGAACAUGUUACCAAAGUAGACAUAGAAAACAAAAAGGUGAAACUGACAACCUUGAAAGGACAAGAGGAACUGUGUGAUGGGGUCAUACUGACCAUGCCUGUACCACAAAUUCUCCAACUGGACGGCUCUAUCAGACAACUCAUUGAUUCUCAACCAAAAGUCAAAGAAAAUCUAGAGAAUGUAUCUUACUCAAUGCGAUUUGCUGUAGGAUUAUUUUAUGAUCCGGGUGUAACAUUGUCAUACCCAUGGGCAGUGAAGUACUUCAGAGAUAACCCAUGUGUAUGUUACAUAGCCAUUGAUGACAAGAAGAGAGGGACAGAAAGUGACAGUGUUGGUCCCUCUGUUGUGAUACAUACUUCUGUGCCCUUUGGAAUGAAGCACCUGGAGGAGGACAAGGACAGUGUGAAGGACAUUAUAAUGAAGCAUGUGAAGGAGUUACUCCCCGAUAUUCCAGAACCAGCUGAGGUCAAAGGUCACAAGUGGAGAUAUUCUCAGAUACACAAGAGUUAUGUUAAUGAGCCAGGCUGUGUUGUCCUGUCUCAGACUCCCCCUAUCAUACUGGCUGGCGAUGCCUUCUCUCACUCUAACCUCGAUGGAUGUCUCACCUCUUCAUCAUCAGUACGAGAUGCAUUUAUAAACUGUACAGGUCUAGAUCAGCCAACAAAUCGUUUGUGAAUUUUCCGUAGAAUCCAUUUUUUAGGUACAAGAUCUUUCAACAAUCAUUCAUAACCUGCAAGAUCUCAAUACGGGAAUUUGUGAACUGAGAGAUCACAGCCAAAGUUUUUGUGUAGAGUGAGAUCUCUGUUUGAUCAUUUGCAUGAAGUUUUGUGAAUGAUAUAAUGGCAGUCAUUUUUGAAAUGAUGAAAUCUGCCCCUCAGCUGAUUAUUACUGCUGGAAGAUAAGGUGAUAUUUGCAGAGACUGUGGAUUAGAAGUUACUUGGUUAUCUCCAUGAUGAUAUGAUAUUACUUGGUGGGAACAGGGAUCAUAUGAUAUUACUUGGUGAGAUAUACAUAUAUCUAGUCUAUUUUGAGGCGAUCAAUGAAUGAAUGAAGUAUAUAUAAAAUUGGUGUAUGAUAGAGUAUACAUGUAAAAUUAAAAUCUAUGUAACAUUUUGUUUUUCGACUCCUCUUUUUUGAUUUGAUGGAAAUAAAAAUGUAUGAAAUGUGGUUUAAAUGAGUGCUGAAAUAAUUUAUUUUAUAGUUUUGUU